AUGUUUAACUGGUCAUUGUCCAUCUCUUCUACAACUUUGAAAUCCGUCAAAUCAUUGUCAUCGUCAACAUCGUCAUCAUUUAGUCGAACGUUUCUCGAGAAUAUUACUCGUUCACCAUUCUAUCAUUCAUUCACAUCACUUGAUAAAACCAAAUUAUGGAGUAAAUUUUAUGUUGAUGAUGAGGAAAAUGUCCAAAAAGUAUUAGAUGCAGUGUCAGUGGAUCAAAAAGUGAUUACAAACCCACAUUCAAAUCGACGACGACGUACGGUGAUAGUUACUCGAAAUAAUGGAGAACCAUUUGGUUUUACGUUACAGACAUAUUUAUUAAAACGUAAAGGUGAUGAUGUGCCAUCAAAAAUAACUUAUGUAGAUUAUGUACAACUUGAUAGUCCAGCUGCUGAUGCAGGUGUUCGUGCAGGUGAUGUAAUCAUCUCAAUAAAUGGACAUAUUGUGACAGCAAUGAGUCAUGAAGAAUUGAUUGAAUUAAUUGGCUCAUAUCAUCAGAUGCGAAUGAUUGUCAUUUUUGAAAAUAUUCGACAACGUAUCGAAUUAGUUGCUCGAGCGAUUAAACUUCGGAAAAUUUUAAACGAUAAAUUGUAUCAGUUAAAUUUGAUUGAUAUUGAAGAACAGAAAAUUUUGAACAGGGCUUAUUUACGUUCAUUAUCAUCAAUGACGAAUACAAAGUAUUCAUUAACAAAUUCGCUAUCAUUAUCAUCAUCAUUAUCAUCAUCAUCAUCAGCUGGAAUAUCGUCCACUUCAUCUGUUUGCUCGGUACCUUUAAAUAUUUCAAAUGAUGCGAAACGAAAUAUUAUACGAGUCCCAACGAUUAUAUCAUUAACUGAUGGAGUAAUUGAAAUCAACAGAUAUCCAUUAAGAAGACAAACACUGGAACGAUUAAAAAUUUCCAACUCUAAAUGGUUGACAAAUAAUUUACGAUCGGAUUCCAGUGACUCAAAUGUUAUUAAUAACGGGAUGGAAUUUUUGGCAGUUCAACGAAUUUGUUGUUGCAAGUCUCAUUUGAAUGUUGGUCAUGCUAGCUCUUUGUCUUGUGAUACGGGACAAGCUGUUAAUCCGUUUGAUUGUUUUAAUAAUUGUUGUGGUGAUAAUACUGAUAAUGUUAUCGGUAGCAGCAAUUACAUUACCAUCGAGAGUGAUAAUGGUGAUAACGAUUGUGAUCGUGAUACUACUGCUGUCGUUGACGUUCACAGGAGUGAUAUUGAUAACGAUGGGAUUAAUAUCGUUAAUCCUGCUUUGUCAUCGGAUAAUAUAAUAACAGCAACAAUAUCAAUUCCAUUAUCAAAAUCGACGUUCGAUUCUGUAGCCUUAAAUCAUGUGAUUAUGUUAGAUAAUGAUGUUAUUAGCGAUGAGGAUGACGAUGAUAAUGAUAAAAUAAGGGUUCUAAAGUUAUAA